UCCAUCUCAUUUCAAAACACAUUCCACAAUGGCCAAGAACAAGCCAAAGAACACUCGUGCAGCCCGGCGGGGCGUCUCUCCAAGCCUCGACUUGGAUAAGUCUUUGACCUCUUUACCUCGAGCCGAGUCUUCAACCACCCAGCGUCCCUCCCUCUUAGUCGAUCGCGCAACUUCUGGUGUUCAAAAGAAGAAGAACCAGGGCAAAAAAAUGACAAAAGCCCAGCGCUUGCGUCAGCAGAAGGGUAUGGACAGGGCCGAGGCGGUCCUUGACCAGUUGGAAAUCAAAAAGGCCAAGAGUUUCGACCGGGUGAAGACCAUAAAAGAACGAAGGGGUGAUUGGGAAGAAUUGAAUAAGAAAUCAUUAGCGCUCGUCGCUCUCCAACAACCCCAGGAAGUCGACGAAGAAGAAGAAGUUGAUGAUGAUGAAGACGACGAUGCCAUGACAACUGAGCAACUAGACCCCAGCAAUCCUAUGAUGGCCAGUGUUUUCGCGCCUCAGCCCACGAAUGCGGUGUCCAACCCCGUCGUAGCCGCCUCUGCGCCCACUGACGAGUACGACGAAAUUACCUGAACGCAAAAAUACAUCACAAAAGACUGCACCCAUUCUGGGAAGACUAUUUCUUCGGCCUGAGCUGGUUGAUCAUGCGCUCGAUUUCGGUACUUGCUGGACCGGACGCUUUAGUCCGAAGGUGUUCAAGGGUGUUCACGUCCUUGGCCUUGUGCGCCUCCUCUCCCGCUUUGACUAUCAUUCCGCACUUGACCCACAUUUCUAUCCGGUCGGCGACAGGAAGAUGUGUGCACUUCGGGACGAAGAUCGAGGCAAGCUUUGUGUUUCCGGCGCCAAGGAUCUCGUUGUAGAAAGGCUAUACCCGAUCGCAUUAGCGCGCAUCCAAAAAAUUAGAGGAAUAUCUCAAAAUCUUACCUCCCAUCCGAUUGGAGAUUUCUUGACUUUGCCAAUCUCCUCCAGCUCUCCCCAGUCGCGCUUAGCCACCAAUGCGCGGAGCCUUAACCACCAGAAUGCCUUUUCGGGCAUUUUAAAUUCACUUUGCAGCUUCUGUGCUCUUUUGCCGUAGCCGGCUCGGAUCAAUCUGUAGAUAGUCUCGUUCAAGCUAAGACCAAAAUAUUCACUGUGAUCAGCGAGAUCUUUGUCGAGGGACUCCUGAACUUUCAGAAGCUGAGAAGCCUCGGAGACCAGUUUCUGUUGCAACAUCACGUUCGGGUCCUUGGAGUCUGACAGUAGCCGCGAUGCCUGGUGAAGUUUCUCGGUUUUGCGUGGCGGGUCUGUCUCUCGUAGAGCCUCCGAUAUAAGGACGUUGGAUCCUUCCAUUGGCCGGUCAUCUUGGUAGUAGAGAUCCUUCAGUAGCUCUGUGUCUUCUCCUCGUGCUGUAGUCUCGACCAAUGCUGACGCCAUAGGGCGAGUGUUAAUCAUUCUGAAGAAGCUUGCAAGGGGAAGCUUGCUCUUCAGGUGAAGGAGAACAUAAUUCACCAAGUCAUCAUCACCACUCUCGAUUGCUUUGUCGAGAGCGAGUUCAUCUUCUUCCAUAUUCAGCAGGAGAGGGACUUGUUUACCUGCCCGCGGCUCGUGGUUCAGUAAUUGAGUGGCCAAGUGCGAUCGACCUUCGUCAUACGCCGUCUGGGCAAUGAUUUCGAAAGAAAUCCCUGGCUUCCCUUCUAGCCUUUGAACGAUCAGUUUGCACACAGCUUCAUCAUCGACCGUUGAAACCCGGACCUUUUGGCUAGCCCAGUGAACAUAGAUUCGGUCUGCCGGUAUUUGAAGAUACUCAGAAACCCGAAUGGCAAGAAGGUACUGGUGACGGCUGAUUAGUCUUUCAAUGAGUCCUUCUGGGGUUAAACGGAGGUAUUGCUCAUAUGAGAUUGGCAGACCGAUCUGGUAAUCUCUGGCUGCAGUGAGAACCCUCAGUUUCUCAGUCAUCUCGACAAAUUCAUCACUGUUGUAAAGCUCCAGGACCGAUUUGCCAAAGGAUGCAGCUUUUAGAAGCCGCUUUUGCCAGUAGGUAUCAAAUUCUUGACCUGCAGCUUUGAUGCAGGCAUCGACUGCACCAGGGAGACUAGAACGAAUACGCUGGAUAUUCUCGUCGGCCUUGGGCGACUUCUUUUCUAGCUGCUCGACGGAAUCAAGAAGAACCGAGGCAGGCGAUGAGGAGCCCAGUCGGAAAAUCUCUGCCGUUACAUCUGCA